AUGAUGUUUUUUUUGAUUCUUAAAAUGCAAUUUAUUUAUGAUGUAAUAAAUAAAUUAAUGAUCAACUAAGUGAUUUUGGUAUCAUUCUUGGUCUUAACAAAGGGAGUGGGAUUAUUUGAGUAAUAUUAUCCAUUAGCCGAUGAGAUAGCAAAUGCUAUGUCUUUAUAAUAAAAAAUUGGACAAACAUUGUAAAUAGAUAUUACAAGUUUCAAUGAUGAAUAAGGUAAUACUCAUUAUGAAUAAAUAUCUUAACAUUUUUUGGGUUCAAUAUUAGUAGGUGGUAAUGGAUGUCCAGAUGGUAGAGGAAAUAUAAUAGUUUCUGAGAAUUGUUUUGCUGCAACAAAUGCUAAUUGGAGAGACGUAGCAUAAAGAAGCUUGAAAUAGAAAGUGAUUGUUAAUGUUCCAGGACAUGGUGAAACUUAAAUAAAUUUAUUAUUGGGUACAGAUGCAGUUCAUGGAAAUUAACAUUCUGUAGGAGCAGUUCUUUUUCCUCAUAAUAUCGGUUUGGCUGCAAGUCACAAUGUAGAAAAUUAUAUAAAGGCAGCUUAUUGGACUAAGAAGAGCAUUUUAGAUUGUGGUUUUAAUUUUGCAUUUGCUCCAACUGUAGCAGUAUCUCAUAAUCCAAAAUGGGGAAGAUUUUAUGAAACUCAAGGAGCUGAUCCUAAAUUUAUAAAAGAAAUAGGUAGAGCGUAUAUAAAGGAAUUAUAGGAUGAUGAUGGAUAGAAAAUAAAUGGAGUUUUGGGUUCAACUAAGCAUUAUUUUGGUGAUGGUGCAACAUACAAUGGAUAUGAUGAAGGUAAUUGCAGAGUUGAAAAUUUCGAAGUUUUUUAUAACAAUAAUGUUUAAGGAUAUAUUGGUGCUUUAGAGGCAAAUACAGGAACUAUAAUGGUUAGUUAUAGUGCUAUAAAUGAAUUACCUAUGAGCAUUAGUGAUNAUUAAAAUACUUAAAAAUUUAUAGAAAUUAAGUAGGGGCAACUGAGACCUAUCAAACAUAACCAAAGAAAUUUUAAGAUGAGAAUACUGAAAAUAAUAAAAUAUUCGCUCCAUAUAACCUUUUUAUAAAGGAGAAUUAUAUUUUGA